AUUCUGACCUUAGUUGACAUACCGCACAUAUUGCGAUCACUCAUCUCAUUGGCACCAAUACAAUACCGUUGACUUGUUCAUACAGUCAACAUUUGUUCAUACGAUCAGCCAACAACUAUGUCUUGAUCCCAAACAGAUAAAAGACAGCUCCAUUCAUAAUGUCAUGAGGUGAAUGAAAUCUAUUGGUUCAUACUUAGGUUGGUUGCUCCUCAUGAACAAGCUCUCAACAGAAAUGUCAGAUAUGUCACUGCUCUAGGACAACGGAAACAUACUUCUUAUACCAUUUGUUUAGAGCCAAAAAUUAAUCUGCUGAUUUUAUAUAAGCCAACCAAUUAACUAUAAGAAUACUUGUCAUGAGUAGGAAUAGGUGUUUUUUGUCACAUGAAAUUAAAACAAUUCUUGAAGAAUAAGUUCUCAAAUAUCACACCAGGCUAAAACAAACUAUUUGCAGUGAUCUACUCAACAUCGGAUGAUCUAUAAAGUUUAAUAAACCAAAUCAAUCAAGCUUGAGGCAAAUUCCACAAAGUUUGAAACAGUUUCAUUGGCGUUCCCUAACUGAGAAUGGCUAUGCGACUCUCCGUCGAUUCCUUUCUGGUUCGCACCCCUAUAACCAACUCGCAUACUAACAUAUCGAAUACAUCAGAUACUGGAUCUACGACUCCGAUGACGAACUACUCCGUACCUUUUGUCAUCUUGGACUCCCUGAUUACUACCCUGGCAAUAUCGCCCAACUUCUCCUGUCUAUUCCACAUACUAGUACAACUCAAGAGUGAUCCCAUCAUUAAAAACUGGCUCUACCUUUCGCUAGUUUUCACCACGUGUAUCUCCAGUGUGCUCGGCAUCCCCAUCUACAUGUUGACUAAGACUGUCGGCAUCCCGCCCCUCUUUCAAGACGCACACCUUGACUACACUCUGUGUAGUUCCCUCAUUGCAAUCUACCUGUGUGCUUCUGGAGUUUUGCCUGCAAUGCUUGUGUGUCUCGCAAUAGAGCAGACAUAUGUCAUCCUGUACCCGAACAGAUCACGCAACAGAUCCCUCAGAACCACUAGACUACUCACACUAAGCUACAUUGGAGUAUCGUGGUCAGUGUGUGCAAUUAAUGCAUCCAUUCCCAUAUUCCACAGGGACAACAGACUCAUUCAGCACGGACAGUUCACAAGAUGCUACUAUGAGUAUAUCCUGACAUGGAAAUCCAUAGUGCCCUACUUCAUCUGCAGCUUCUAUAUGCCACUCACUCUGCUAGUGGGCCUCACAGCCACAAUCUACAAGGGACUCGGCCAACUACAGAAGAGAAAUGAGAGGUUUCCAGUUCUACAGCGCAUGCUAAGUGCCCGUCAAUAUCGCAGAUCUUCGCGAAGUGUGGUGAUUCUGUCUGCCUUUUGCUUAGUGACAUGGAUGCCAUUAGCUGUGAUGAGGACCAUCGAAAUAUUCAAUCCAGAAUUCCCAGAUAAAAUGCCAGGCUUUGUGUUGAACACGACUGUGCUUCUAUGGCACCUGACUGUGUUAUUCAACCCACUCUACAUCUUGUACAAGGAGUACAGCAGUGGGAAAUAUAAGCCCAAUAACGUCACCCUCAGCAUCACACAGAGUCUAGGUUGGUAGAUGGCCAGAGGGAGGGGCAACGAUUACACUUCGACAGAUAUCGUGAAGCAAUUGUGAACAAGACCGAAAACCACAAACACAAUUUUAGCUAUAUUUAGUCUAUUUAGUAUACUAUAGGAGUUUUAUAGUUUUAUGUAGAUAAAAUUGAAAUAAUUACAUUCACCUAA